AUUCCAGUGGGAUUCAUGACAACCACACAUAAUUCAACCAUCCCCAAUUGUUUGUUUCAUCUACAAAAGCCGUUUCAUCCACGGACAUUGCUAUAACUUAUCCGGAAUCUUAUAGGUUUGCAGCCCCCAGUUUUACUAUUAAUCUAAGUAAUCCAAGAGCAUCUCUUUAGACGCACAGACAGAAAAGAGCUCAACCGAGAUAUUGAGCAGCGCUUACCGAAAGAUCCUUACAAUGGAAAUGCAAAGUAACAGCAGAAAACCUCAUGUUGCUAUUUUCCCGUGUGUAGGAGUCGGCCAUUUCGUCCCUACAGUGCAACUCGCAAAACGGCUUUGUGUUAACCACGGCUUUUCUGCAACGGUAAUAACGAGCAACUGGAUGCGCACAGCCAAGCAAGUCACCUACGCCGGCUAUCUGACAUCUUCCGGCCUUGACAUCCGCUUUACAGAGAUUCCCGAUCUGGACGUUCACGACGAGCAGGACGAGCAUAUGAAGAUCGAAACUCGCAUAUCAAACUACAUGGAGAAAGCAGCACCACACGUUGGGGAUAUUCUCCACUCCUUGCUCAACUCCUCUUCGCCCAUCUCUGCCUUUGUUACAGAUUUCUUUUGCAGUGCGACUUUUGAUGUGGCAGCCAGGCUAAGCAUACCCACUUACGUAUUCUUCACAUGCAGUGCGCGUAUGCUUUCUGUUAUGUUACACUGUCCCAAAUUGGCUUCGGAGCACGCCGUGUGCUUUAAAGACGAGGAGGAGUGUAGGAUCGACGUACCAGGGGUUCCGCCAUUUUAUGCUAGGGAUCUGCCUGAGCCAAUGAAAGACAGAUCCAAUCAGGGGUUUCACUGGUUUCUCCACCAUUGCUCUCGCCUUCCAGAGGCUACUGGGAUUCUGAUAAAUACUUUCGAGGACCUGGAAAAGGAAGCUUUAGAAGCCCUCAAAGAAGGUAAGGUUCUCGGCUCUUCUCCAACGCCAUCAAUAUAUUCAAUUGGUCCCGUCAUAUCGGAGGCUCACGAGACACAUGAGUGCCUGGAGUGGUUAGAUCAACAACCUCCCUCCAGCGUUGUGUAUGUUUCCUUUGGAAGCGGAGGUUUUCUGUCGAAGGAGCAGACUGCCGAAGUAGCGCAUGGACUGGAAAGAAGCGGUCAUCGGUUUCUGUGGGUGGUGCGCGGAGAGAAUAAGUUCAUAACCUUCAAUCCCAACCAGGUUACGAACGUUUCAGAGCUUUUACCCGAGGGUUUCGUGAGUCGAACCAAAGACAGAGGAGUUGUGGUUCCCAAUUGGGCUCCUCAAAUUGCGAUUCUCUCUCAUCCGUCCAUUGGAGGAUUCCUUUCUCACUCCGGUUGGAACUCCACACUAGAAGGCAUUUCUUAUGGGGUUCCCAUGAUCUGCUGGCCUCUGUUUGCUGAACAAAAGUUGAACAGGUUUAUGCUGGUUAACCACGACAAGGUAGGAAUAGAUGUGAAGAUGGAGAGAGAUGGGUUUGUACCGAGAGCGGAAGUGGAGAGAGUAGUGAGGGAACUUAUGGAAGGAGAGGAGGGGAUUAAAGCAAGGGAGAAUAUGCGUGUAUUGAAGGAAAAGGCAAAGCUUGCGUUGAUGGAAGGAGGGAGUUCGUACAAGUCCAUGGCCAUGGCCGCUGGUCGUUUCGUGCACAAGUAAGAGAUUAAAUGACACUAGACUGUCACAAAUGCAUUGUUAAUUAGCUUUAUUGUUAUCAGUAUGAUGCAUAUGUCCAUGGCGUUUAAUUCUCGAUAUCCGCAGAAAGUAUAUUUAUUUUAGACUAAAAAAUUAACUCUAUAGCAUUGAACAAAUGUUCACAUUGUUGGGUCAAAUGGGUUUCAGAUAAUGGUGGCAACUGAAAUGUUUUGUACUGGGAAUCUUUGCCUUAAGAUAAAUCUAAGCAAUUUUUCCAGGUUAUUUGUAAUUUGUAAUGAUUAGGCGUAAUAUAUUUUGUAA